AAGAACUUGAAUGACGUUUCAUUCAGUAUGGAAACCAACAUUUAUACAUUGACAGUUUUGUGUGUUUAAUCGUUAAUGUUUCAAGAAUAUUGGUUUGGAUCUCCAUGUUCUUAGCGAAAUACCUUGUAUUGUGUUGAUUCUUGUACCUGGACUUGAAUCGCAUGUGAACAAAACAAACCAUGGUUAGUUUUAAUGCAAUCGUGGUUGCCAUGUCAAGUCUGUUCGUACACAUGCCCGAAGGAGCAAUUUAUAAUUGUUCAGACAUUUUUCACAAGGUUGAGGUCAAUGACACAACACCCAUUGGGCAUGUAGUGGUUACUACCACUGGAAAUAUUACACAGUUUAAUGGAUGCGGAAACUUUUUGGAACUAUCGAACGGGAAACUUGUAUUGAAAUCAAAGCUAACGACGCUUUGUGCAGACGAAUUGCCUCUAUGUCGAUUCGAUACAAGCGACUGUUCGAAGACGAAUAUUCUACUUCUACUGACCAUUGUGCGAACCGCAUAUUACAACAUAUCUUACAAAGAAGAGAAUUAUACAGUAUCUAUAACAGAGAAUACGAAAAAUGCAACAUUGCUGCAAAUCGGUUCCGAUAGACUGGGAGUAAAUCUCGCGAUGGGUAACUGUUAUAAUGGAGAUGAAACCUCGUGGGAGCGUCAAAAAUCAUUCGCACUAAAGACUGAAUCUGUGCCGUUUUUCUGGAGGGCCUCAAGAAACAGAAAUUCCUUAUAUACAUAUGGCAAUAUCGAUUAUGAGAAACGCACUGAAUAUGCCCUGACAAUCGAAGGAACUUAUGUGGGUAUACAUGGUUCAGCAACAACGACAAUCUUUGUGGAGAUCAUUGACGAAGAUGACCAAAAUCCGACAUUCAACAUCAAAGACGGUAUUGACUACAGACUGGAUAUCGCUGAAGGGGACAACGCGACAGUGAAUAGACCAUACACUACAACGCCGGUUUUAUCCGCAUAUGAUCAAGAUUUCGGCAUUAACGCAACCAUUAAAUACAAACUAAGAACUAUUACCCCAUCUGCUGGUGCGCACCUUUUUACUAUCGACCCUGACAAAGGGACAGUCAAUGUUGCGGAAGUAUUGGACUAUGAAAAACAAUCGAAUUACCGACUCAUCAUCGAGGCUUAUCAAGUUGACAACCCACAGUCGCGCACCGCUCAAGCAACUAUAAACGUAAACGUCAUAGACAUAGAUGAUCACAAACCAUUUUUCCGACCGGAUGUUGACGAGGUGGUGUUAUUAGAACAUUCAGCCGUUGGUACACACGUGUAUAACGUGAAAGCCUUGGAUACCGAUGCAGGCGAAAACGGGUUUAUUACCUAUCGGAUCAUUGUCAAUACAGAGGCGUUUGAGCUUCUUAAAAUUGACAACAUUUCGGCAUCAUUGAAUGUAAAGGAUCCGGCGAAAAUUGAUAGAGAAAACCAGGAAAUCAUCACCGUUAUUAUUGAACCGUUAACACAACAUGGUGAAGCAGGUCAAAACAACCUAACAGUGAACAUUCGUCUAGAGGAUAUCAACGACAACAAUCCAGUUUUCGGUAUCCCUGAUCUGUCUGAGUUCAGUUUAACGUAUGUGAAUCAAUCUGCUGGAACGUCUAUAGGAAAGGUUGAGGCAACUGAUAAGGAUACUGGCGAUAACGCUCUUCUCGACUAUGAGAUAGUUAACGGGACCAUGAACGCAGGGAAUUGUAAUAACGAUAGUCCAUUUAUUCUCAACAAAACAACCGGGUUUAUUGUUAUGAGCAGAAGUAAUCUCCCAUGUGAUGGUUACCGAUUUGUUGUUCAGGCUUGUGACAAUCCUAAUAAUCCUAUUGCGAGGCGAUGCUCAAUUUCUACGGUUGCGGUUGCUAGGAAAGCCAAUGAGACUGUGGAUAACCCUCGUCUGGACAUAAACGUCACGGAAUCAGUUACCAUCGAUACUUACGUCGCUCAACUGACGUGUGGUGGCACAGGUUUGACGUAUAAAGUAAUACCCAAUAUAGCUGCAGUGCCGUUUGGUGUAUCUCCCAGCGGAAUUUUGAAGACGACUGGAGUUUUAGACAGGGAAAACAUUUCGACAUAUGAAUUUCUGGUGCAAGCCUACCAGUAUGGGCAGGUCAAAUGCAACUUCAACAUUAGUAUAAACAUCCUUGAUGUGAACGACAAUGCUCCUGAAUUUCACCCUGACACGUACAUACUGUACCUAGGAAACCCAACCGAAAAGGGGCUAAGCGUCGGAACAGUUCGUGCAAGUGAUUCUGAUAUCGGCGACAACGGAAUUGUGAAGUAUUCGUUCACAACCAGAAGGUUAGAUCAAAACGGUCAUUCGUACUUUAUCAACGGUUCAUCCGGGGAAAUCAGUCUUGUUAAUCAAGACCAUGUCAGAGAUAUUGAGCAACUUGGUGUCAUCGCGGCAGACCAAGGAACUCCACGAUACAAGGCUUCGGCUGUUGUUUAUGUCAUCAGUGGAGAUGGUGCUACUAGCUCAGUUCCACUGAACACGCCUCUGCAAAAAGGUCAGAUAACAAACAAGCAAGAAAUAUUUGAAAGGGGAAUUUCAGAGAUUUUAAACCAGAGCGUAGUCAUUUUACAUGUGGAUGCCUACGAAAAGUCUCCGCACAGAUCCAGAAUCUUCAUCACUCCUACAGAGAAGUCCGUCGAAACCAGCACACUUGUCAGACAGGUGUAUAAUAACUACGAAGAGAUACGGACAUUAUUCUAUUUUGCACUCGAGUGUGCGGACACCAAAAAUUCCGAUUCGGACCUGGGGGCACGAGAGAUAGGUCUCAUCGUUAUGGCGGUUGCUAUUCUGGUUGGAACAACUAUCGCGAUGGUCUUCAUUAGCAGGCAGUAUAACAGGACGAAACAAACUUUGAGACCAGUAACGGUGAUGUGGAAGCAAAAGUUGAAGACAUCAAGUCGGAAACGGAGGUAAUGAAAAGUCUUGAUCAGCGUUUAUGUAGCGAGGACAAUGAGCGUCAAACGGGUUUUAAUUCUGAAGAUAUGCCUGAUGAAGCAAUCGAACGCAAUCGUGAAACACCUGUAUGUAGUGAUCACGUUUCUUACGCAGAAAUGAAGAAAACGAAAAGUUAUGGCAGCAACGUCCUUGGAAAUACUGAAACGCAAUCUGAUUGCAAUGCUGAGCCUUUGCUUGAAGAACCAAACCCUGACUACGAUACCAAAAAAGUGAGGUUUAGCGAGCCACUGAAGGUAACGGAUGAAGCGAAAAACAUUCGAGAGGGUGCAAUACGUCAAAUAUGGAAUCGAAUGAGAAUGGUUACGAUGAAAAGGGCCAACCAUCUAUCAAAGGAGAUGAGUUAAAAAACAACGAAAUGCAUAAUAAAUACAACCCGACAAAAGACUUAGUUAGUUAGUUUUAUGUGUGUAUACAUGUCAAGCAUUUUACAGUUCAAUAUAAUCAAUGCAUUACAAUAUCGUUACAUGUUAAGUACAAUUACAAAUACUACGAUAUAGCUAACAUUGUAACUUCAAGUGUAAAUGGUGCCUUUGAUCACAGAUCUAACUAAUAUAACGACAUGAUGUAUGCACAGGAUAACCCGUAAAGCCUAGACAUGUAAACAUGAAUAAGCUUAUUUCCAACGGGGUCCCUGGAUUUUGUUAAACAGGUCUUAUAAGUGACUAUAAAUAUAUAGUUUGUUUCAGUUCUUAAGAUAAAAACGACAUGAUCUUUAAAUUAUUUCUUUUACAUAUUAAAAAAGUGAGACUUUCAAACGUUGACAUGAUAAUACACAGACUAAUACGAAUUAGCAUAAAAAUAAGCAAUUUCAUAAAAUAAAACAAAUCUAAAAGUAAAAAUACAUGGAAUUCUCGUCUUCCUUCAUUUCAUUUAAUAGAUGUUUCUUAACAAGUUUCUUAAAAGUAAAUUUCGAUUUGAUGGACUUUAUAUUAUCAGGUAAUGAAUUCCAAUCCAUUGUAGUAAAAUGAAGAACUAGUAAAGCCAUCAAUUUGAGGUACAUACAAAUUUAAUCUUGAUCUAUUCCCAUAUUGAUGGACAUCUAUACAUUUGACAAAAUUGUCUUUCAUAUAGCUCGGGCAUUUAUUGUAGAAAAUCUUAUCGAUAUGGUUAAGUCGAAGUUGCUUGUAUCUUUGCUCAAUGUUCAAUAAACAAAGAUCUUCAAAAUUCGAUACACCAAGUGAUGUUCUACUAUGGGAAUUGUAGAUAAAACGAACCGUUUUAUUUUGGACUCUUUGUAGCUUGUGCUUGAGCUGUUUCGUGAGCCCACAAAACCACGAAGAGGAUGCAUAAUCUAAAUGGCAUUGUAUCAAAGAAUUACAUAAACUUAUUCUAAGACUUUUAUUUAAGAAAGCACUUUGUAUAUUUAUUUACAAUAGAAGUACCAGACAAAUCAGCAUCCAAAAUCGAACCAAGAUAUUUUACAUGCGACUGAGAUUUUAUAACAUGAUCAUUACAUUGUAUAUUAAAAUUGUCCACCUUAGUGAGUUUACGUUUCCAACCAAAAAGAAUACACUCUGUUUUGCCUAGAUGGAGGGAUAGCUUAUUGUCUAUUAACCACUUCCUACAUGACUCGAGCUCUUUGCCCAAAACUUGACUAAAGGUACUAGGAUCUUUAUGUGAAUACAAAAUUGCACUAUCAUCAGCAUAGAGUAUUAGUUUACAA